CGCAUGCGCAGUGACUGCAGUACAUCUCGCCAUGUCAUGACGCAGUGUCCUUCUGUGGUGGUUAUUGUCUAUAGAAGGGUGAAUAGCACAACGGAAAGCAAUUAUGGCCCAGGCGAGACCACUCCUCUCACGGGGGUGGAAGAAUGAUCUAGAGGUGGUGAAAAACCUGGUUUCCGUUGACCUGGCUCGUCCUGAAGGGAGGCGACAGGUUGUAGAAAUUGUGGAGAAUCUGAAGACAAAACUGAACAUUCCGGAGUGGGCUCGUCAUCAGUUGGCGGGGCGUGUCCGCAGCUCUCACAGGAACCUUGCCUGCUACAACCUCGCCACUGCCGCUGGUGUGGCGUGUACGGCAUUAGGUUCUGUUGUGACGUAUGUAGCACUAGUGGACAAGAUGGAAAAGAGAGGCCCCGUCCCAGAUGACAUCAUGGAAUCUAUCACAACGUUGCUUCAAAACAACGCCGAGCAGGUGAACAUAGCAUUUGAGGCGUGUAGUGUGAACCUCCGGGCCCUGGAGGCUGCAAUCGAAGAUGAUCCUGCACUGAUGGCGAACUCAGACAUGAAGCACUACCUGAAGGCGUUAGACGUGGCGUCACAGACGUGGAACGAUAGCCAGGCAGACGACGAACGGAGAGUCAUUGCCGCGGGCAACGCACGUGAUCAACACGUGCUCAUCUGUGACGUCAUCGACAAUAUGUCUCAGACAGAGGCUACUGUUACUGAUGAGUUAAAAGAUAAAAAAGAGCAGGUGGAGGAAAGUAUGGCAUUCUGGGAAUGGUUCAUUUUGGUGGCCAUAGGACAUCUAGCCAUCCUCAACAUAGCUAAACUCCUACAGGCACUGCACUAGAUGGCAAGAGCAGUGCAGAAGGAAUACAGUGCAGCAGGAAAGCAAGAUCAUCUCGAUGCUAUAUUCGCACAACCUAAGUCUUCCUUUCAUGUUUACAAAUAAGCACAAAGUUCCAUAGACCUACCAUGUAGAUUAGA